AUGGACAGCGACGACGACGGCAGCGAAUCGAAGGAACCCGACGUCAACAAGAUGACGAGACGCCAGCGCGCCCGCUUCGAGGACGAGCCGCAGGAGUACAUGAAGCUCUCGGACGAGGUGCAGGUUAAGAAGCACCUGACGGCCGAGGAGCUGUCGAUGCGCCGGUCCGAAAUGGCGCGGAGGCGUCGCAACCUCAGCGAGAAGCGCAACGAGGAAGUCAAGAUGGAAACCAUCAACAAGCUCCUCAAGAAGCAGGCGCCCAAGACGAAUCGCAAGGCACAGGAGAACCAGGCCGGCGACGACAAGCCCGAUGCCAUGUUCGUGCGGUGGGUCAGCACCAAGGAGGGCAGCCGUAUUGCCGUGCCGGACGAGAUGCUCGGCGGCUCGGCCGGCAAGGUGUUUGGGGCGCCGGGCUUGCGCACGGGCAGAAUGGUCGAGGAGGUGCAGUGA